UGAAUCGACGCGUGAUGAUGUUUUUUUUUUUCACGCUGUGCGUGCUGGGAAUUGUAGUGAGGAGGUCCAAUCUCCAUUUUGUACAGGGAAGCAGCAAUACACAUCAAAACAGCGGUUUUAAAACAAGACGUUAUCAUGAUCAGAAUCGGAAUUAGUGCACAUUUACUUAUUUCCUGGCAUCUUCAGAAGCUGUACAGUUUGUUAAACUUAGAAUAACAGAAAAGACGACAGCUAAGCUGCAUGCCAAAGGGAAAGAUGAAAAACACCUAAUUAAAGCAAAUUAGACAUUUGGGAGAUGGAAGCUGUUACUUUUGAAGAGGAGUUAUCAGAAAUCGAACCUGCCCAAGACAUCUGUGAAGUGGAAUCAGUCCCGAGGGAAGGCAAUGACGUCAAACUUGAAUCUGUCCAAGACAAAGAUGAGGUCUUAACUGAACCGACAGUCAUUCUCCAGAGCGCGCACCCCUGCACUGAAUGUGAGAAGCGUUUUACAGCCAGUAGCAGCCUUAGGCGACAUCAAAAGAUUCACACGGGCGCGACAAUUUACAUUUGUUCAGACUGCGGCCGGAGCUUUAACCAAUCUGGAGAAUUCAGGAGGCACUUGAAGGUCCACCUGGAAGCAGGGACUCUCUUUCUGUGCUCGGACUGCGGGAAAAGCUUUGAGACCCUCGUCAAGCUGAAAAAGCACCAGAGCAUACACAAGGAAAGGGCCCUGCUUUACUGCAACGAGUGUGGAAAGGGCUUUAAAGAGUCCGGAUCCCUCAAACAGCACCUCCGAAUCCACACAGGAGAGAGACCGUAUCACUGCGCUGAAUGCGACAAGAGGUUUACGGAUUCGGGCAAGCUGAAGAUCCACCUGCGCAUCCACACAGGAGAAGCCCCCUUUCCCUGCCCUGAAUGUGGGAAGUCUUUCAAAGAUGUGGGUAACUUGAGAACCCACCGACGCAUACACUCAGGCCUGACCCCGUACCCUUGUAACGUUUGCAAUAAAAGCUUCACGCAGAUGGGGAACCUUAAAAAACACCAGCGAAUUCACACAGGAGAGAAACCCUAUCGCUGUACUGAAUGCGGGAAGAGUUUUAAUCAGUCCGGGGAUCUUAAAACGCACCGCAGAAUUCACACAGGGGAGAAACCCUACCGCUGCACAGAGUGUGAUAAAGGUUUUAAAGAGCUGGGGAAGCUGAAAAUCCACCUGCGGAUUCAUACGGGAGAGAGACCGUAUCCCUGUACUGAAUGCCACAAGAGUUUUAAGGAGUCGGCCAAACUUACAAUCCACAUGAGAAUCCAUACAGGAGCCACCCCUUAUCACUGUGCCGUGUGUGGGAAGAGUUUUGCGUACUCGUAUCAGUUAAAAGCACAUGCCUGUAAAGCAGGGCUGAAACAAUAAUUAUUUUACCAGUUCUUUUUUUUCUUAUAUAAGAAUGUGAUUCAGGUGUUAAUGGGCCAAAUGGUAUGUGCACCUUUUUAGAAUUACAGAUUUAUACAUCUUUCAAAUCCAGAUACUUUUCAAACUACUUUAGAAGUUGCAGAUACUGUUCAGACUUGUCCAGUGACUUUUGGAUCAGUGAAACACAAAUAACUCAAGGUCCCUAAUAAAUGUAAGCUGCGUUACUGUUAAUGAUCACUCUCUUACUGGUUCCAAUGCCGUGGAUCUUCGCAUGCCUGUUUAUUAUUUAAAAAAUAUAUUGUUUGAUUUUGUGUGUCGUCAUACCAUCAUUUCUGUUCUUGAUUAACUGAUCUGUAUGCUUUUAGGUUAUACACUUGAAACAUGUUUUUGUAAAUACCAAUAUCUAUCAUCACACGAGGAGAUAAGAGUUAUUGUUAAACGGGGAGCUAAGGUACUAUCUGCUCAUGCCCUCCAUCUCUGGAAGCCUGUGUUUGAGUUAACUCUGCCCUCCAGUGGCUCUUAAUCGACAUCACAUAAGCACUGCACAUUGUAUCAGUCUCUGCAUGAGCGGGGCCCUGUAUUGAAUAUAGUGAUCAUGUAGUAUAAUGGUAUAGAAGGGGCACAUUUCCGUGGCUGUGAGACAGUAGAUGUGUGAGUAAGGGUCUUGUAUACAUAUAUUACUGAGUGCGUCUCCAGGUCUGUUUAAUAUUUAGCAUCUUAUUUUUAAUUGUGUUCUUGCGUUUAGCAGUCUACUACUGAAGCCCACCAAACUCAACACUAAAAAAGACCUCUCAAGAGAUGAAAAGCCAACACAAUACACUCUUUCAUUUUAGUUUGUUGUUUUUAAGAAGACAGACUUGUACAAAAAAAGGUGAGUUUUAUUAAACACCAGGUGUGAGUACAAGACAAAAUGCCUCAUGGAAAUAAAGGGAUUUCAUGCAGACCUCCUCCUCCCACCCAUCCAACAAAAAAAGACGAGUCUUAUUUUAAAAGCACUGAAAAAUGUAAUCCUAACGGGAACAUUCAAGAUCCUUAACGGUAUUGGAUGAAAGUCACCCUGUUAGACCUUUCAUGAUUACAGAGUAAACUGGUAUCAAACAGAAAAUCAUGCAUCUUUAACAGCUGGAUUGUGAUAAACAAUUCAUACCUUCAUUCUUAUUAAUAAUAACUCGUUUUCCUUCAUUUAAGCUUUAAUCCUCACCCCCACCCCCAAAAACACAUUAUAUAUAUAUAUAUAUAUAUAUAUAUAUAUA